AAAGCAAAGUUCUUGUCCUGAGGGAAGCAGUGCACAUCACAGGCUGUUCAGACUACGCAGCACAGAGGACCAAUGCUGAGAGAGGCAAAAAUCAGCCUAGAGCAAAUCAAGAGAUACUGAGAAGAAACCAGUGGGAAGAGAAACAGCCAAUUGGGGCCUGGCUUACAUCUGAGCAUUACAAAGCCUUUUACAGUCGGGAUUGUCAAGCACAGUAGGAGGAAUUACAUGUAUCUGAGGCAGAAAAUAAGAGAGAGCAGCAGCAGCAAGGGACACCCUGGCAGGCAGAGAUCCUAAAGGAAAGCACGAAGAGGGACGGUGUGUCCAAUGGGAGUUCUGUCAUCAUGGCUGCUCUUUACCAGAGCACAGACUCGUCUUCCCCAAAUAAAUUUUUGGCCCUUAAAGACGUCAGAGAAGUGAAGGAAGAGACCACUUUGGAUGAAAGGCUUUUCUUAUUGGCCUGCGAGAAAGGUGAUUACUAUAUGGUGAAAAAGCUUUUGGAAGAAAACAGCUCAGAAGAACUGAACAUCAAUUCAGUGGAUGUACUAGGGAGAAAUGCUAUAACAAUAUCCAUUGAAAAUGAGAAUUUGGACAUCCUGCAGCUUCUUCUUAAUUAUGGAUGCCAGUCUACCGAUGCCCUCCUUGUGGCUAUUGACUCAGAGGUGGUGGGAGCUGUGGACAUCUUGUUAAAUCAUCAACCAAAAUGGAGAACAAGGCCAACUAUUGUAAAACUUAUGGAGCGAAUCCAGAAUCCAGAAUAUUCCACAACCAUGGAUGUGGCUCCUGUUAUCUUGGCUGCUCAUCGGAAUAACUAUGAGAUUCUUACCAUGCUUCUCAAGCAGGAUGUCUCUCUCCCGAAGCCUCAUGCUGUGGGCUGUGAGUGCACCCUUUGUACAGCCAAAAACAAGAAGGACAGCUUGAGACACUCCAGGUUUCGGCUCGAUAUCUAUCGAUGCUUAGCCAGUCCGGCCCUAAUUAUGCUGACUGAGGAGGAUCCAAUUUUGCGGGCCUUUGAACUCAGUGCAGACUUAAAAGAGCUCAGCCUUGUAGAGGUGGAAUUUCGGAAUGAUUAUGAAGAACUUGCUCAAAAGUGUAAGACUUUUGCUAAAGACUUGCUGGCCCAGGCCCGGAACUCCCGAGAGCUUGAAGUCAUUCUAAACCAUCAAUCCAGUGAUGAGCCUUUAGAUAAGAGAGGGCUGCUUGAGGAGCGAAUGAACUUGAGCCGUUUAAAACUUGCUAUCAAGUACAAUCAGAAGGAGUUUGUAUCUCAGUCCAACUGCCAGCAAUUUCUGAAUACCGUCUGGUUUGGCCAAAUGGCAGCGUACAGACGGAAACACACCUGCAAAAAGAUUUUGAUCGUUCUUACCGUUGGAAUGUUUUGGCCAGUCCUCUCUGUGUGCUACUUGCUAGCCCCCAAAUCCCAAGUUGGACGUAUAAUUCAUACCCCAUUUAUGAAAUUUAUUAUACAUGGAGCAUCUUACUUCACUUUUCUGCUGCUUCUUAACCUAUAUUCUUUGGUUUACAAUGAGGAUAAGAAGAACACCAUGGGACCGGCAUUAGAAAGAAUAGAUUUCCUUCUUAUUAUAUGGCUGAUAGGGAUGGUUUGGUCUGAUGUGAAGCGGCUCUGGUAUGAUGGGCUGGAGGAUUUUUUAGAGGAAUCCAGAAAUCAGCUAAGCUUUGUCAUGAAUUCCUUAUACUUGGCCACUUUUGCUUUGAAAGUAGUGGCUCACAACAAGUUCCAUUCUAUUGCAGAGAGGAAGGAUUGGGACGCUUUCCACCCAACACUGGUGGCAGAGGGUCUGUUUGCAUUUGGCAAUGUGCUCAGCUACCUCCGUCUCUUCUUCAUGUACACGACCAGUUCAAUCCUGGGGCCACUUCAGAUCUCCAUGGGUCAGAUGCUGCAAGACUUUGGGAAGUUUCUGGGCAUGUUCCUGCUUGUGCUGUUCUCCUUCACCAUCGGUCUGACCCAGCUGUACGAUAAAGGCUACACCGCUAAUGCACAGAAGGAUUGUGUGGGCAUUUUCUGUGAGCAGCAAAGCAAUGACACGUUCCACUCGUUCACUGGGACAUGUUACGCUCUGUUCUGGUACAUCUUUUCUUUGGCACACGUGGCUCUCUAUGUCACCCGGUUCAGUUACAGUGAAGAGCUUCAGUCCUUUGUAGGAGCACUUAUUAUAGGAACGUACAAUGUGGUUGUUGUGAUUGUACUCACCAAGCUCCUAGUAGCUAUGGUACACAAAAGCUUCCAACUUAUAGCGAAUCACGAGGACAAGGAGUGGAAGUUUGCCCGGGCCAAGCUCUGGCUCAGCUACUUUGAUGAUAAAUGCACGCUGCCUCCACCGUUCAAUAUUGUUCCCUCUCCCAAAACGAUCUGCUAUCUUUUCAACAGCAUAAGUAAAUGGAUCUGCUCUCAUACGACUUCAGGGAGAGUCAAACGUCAGAAUAGCCUAAAGGAGUGGAAGAGCCUGAGACAGAAGAGGGAUCAGAACUACCAGAAGGUGAUGUGCUGCCUUGUGCAUCGAUAUCUCACCUCCAUGAGACAGAAAAUGCAAAGUACCGAUCAGGCCACCGUGGAAAACCUAAAUGAGCUCCGUCAGGAUCUCUCAAAAUUUAGGAAUGAGAUGAGGGACCUGCUUGGUUUCCGGACCUCCAAAUAUGCAAUGUUCUACCCAAGGAAUUAGGAUGGUGAUGUGAUAACAAGCUCAAAGUUUGCUUGAGGUCUAGUAACCCUUAGUAACCAGAUAUUUGUUUUUUUUUAAGAGCAGGUCAAUAAAUACUGCUUGCUGAUUGGUUGCUCUAGGUUACUAGAAUUGGAGCAAACUUUCUGCCUGAUAUAACAUUACCCACUAGGGGUUUCACUUACUGUGCCGAUUUUUAUCCAUCCAAAAUGUUUCCUAUUCCUUCUCACUUUUCAUGUGGUCAGUAUUUUAAUUCCCGUUUGGUGUUAUUCACAGGCAAUUAUCUAUUUUAAGAGUAAUAUAUAUAUUAUUUAUUAUGGCUUUAUUAGUUACAUGUUUUAUGGUUUUGUCAGUUAUUAUAGGGUUAAGGUAUAUACAUGGACCCAUGUUUGCAUUUGUACAGGGUAAUGUAAUAAAAUAUGCUAAAUUUGCAUAGGUUCAGUAACUCAUAGCAGCCAAUGAGUAGGCAGACUUUAGUAGUCACCUGUUUAAAAGCAAACAACUGGUUGCUAUGGGUUGCUGCACCCAGGCAAACUCAGUGGGGUCAUUUAUAAAGGGUGAUCAAUUUUGCUCCUGGGCUUUAGCCCAUGGCAACCAAUCAGAUGAUUGCUUUCAGUGCCUAACCUGCAGCUGGCUGAAAAAUCAUUCACUAAUCUUGAAUUGGUUGCUAUUGGUUACUGCUCUGGUGCAAAUAUGUCCAGUGUCUUUUAUUACAUACAGGGAAUAGUCUGUCAAUAAGUGCAAAUAAGUUAUAUUCUCUGUUAAUUGGCACAAGCUGAGUCCAAGUGGCAGUUUUAAGGGAGGGCAGAAAGGACAUUUGCUCUGGGCUGUUAAAUCAGAGGUUUCCCUUGGAAUAUACUGUAAAUCAGGCUUGUGCAACCUGUAAUCCUACAAAAGUGCCCAGUUGGUAAUUCCUGAUUGCUGUAUUCCCCUGCUCAAGAUGUGGGCCUUAGAUGUGCCUAGCCCUAACUCUGGCCCUGCUUAUAUAAUCUUUCCCACUAAAUAUACUUGAUGCAUCUAUGUAGAGGGGUGGUUUAACUUUUAAUUAACUUUUAGUAUGAUGUAGCCAUUCAUAUUAAUUAAUUAUUUAUAUUUUAUAGUUUUAUUAUUUAUAGCAGUUCUCCGGUGGCAUGUCAGCUGCUCUCUGGUUGCUAAGGUUCAGUUUACCCUAGCAGCCAGUCAGUGGUUUAAAUAAAAGACUAGAAUAUGAACAGGAGAUACCUGAAUAGAAAGUAACAAUAAAAACAAGGUUUUAGCUACAAAGAGCUGUAGUUGUUUGGCUGCAAGGGUCAGUGACCCCCAAAAAAACUAUAAAAAUUAAGACCUAAAUUAAGAAUUAACAUAUGGACAUUCUAUAACAUACUAACAUUUGACUUAAAGGUGAACAACCCCUUUAACACUUACCAUGCUAUAAACCAUACACUGAUACCAACACCAUAAAUUUAUGAAGUUCUAUUGUUCCUUGAGCUUAUUUGCAAUAGGCCAGUGGCUUCUGCAUAAUGUUAUUGUUAUUUCUCAGGGACAUGUAAAGAAAGGUAAAUGUGAUGGUCCCUUAGUAUUGGUCAGUCACAUUUUUGGGAUUUGCCAUUUUUAGUCAUUAAAAUUAAUUUUGCCCAAUUACAAUAUGCAGUGUUGCACAAAAAAUCAGAUUACUGUAAUAAAAAAGGUUAUUCCUAGGCAUAGUUUUUAUAUGCUUGGGUGGGGGUGCCUUAGGUCACUUUGAGCUAGCCGUCAGUUAAUUGAAAUUUUUAAUUAGGGCGAGUAUCCAUAUUGGUUGUCCAGUGCAUUUUUUUCUCCAUUGAUUCAUUUCCCUUAUUCCUAUGGGUUUUGUACUUAAGGGAGCGGCACCGAUGCUCAAUAAUUAUCCAAGCAAUUCUAUCCACAUACAAAUACAGAUGUGAUGCUUUUCAAAUAAGGUUCGACCAAAACGGAAUAUAUACGCUUUCUCACAGUGUGACGCCACAAGAACAAACCACAAACCACAAUUUGUUAGUCUGUAAAGAUAUAGAAGUGUAUAUAGAAAGAGCUUCUAUGUUUCUGUUGUAUACAGAGCCAGUGUAGCAAUCAUAGCACCCAGCACGAUUGCUGUAAGAACUGAUGUACCAGGUGACAUUUAAUAAACUGUGAAAUAUUAAA